UCAUGUUUACCACGUGUUUUACGGCUAAUCCAUAUUGAGGUUAUGGUUGUCGCGAUGUCAUGAUUACAUGAUUGCCACAGUACGAUUUGUAAUGAUGUUUAUUUUGGUAUCUAUUUAGUAUUUUCACGAGAAAAAGAAGAAAUUAUAGAAAAGAAAAGAAAACCGAGAAACAUGUUGAGCGCAUUGUACAACCGUAUGCCAUGCGGGAUAGUACGCAACAAAAAGCUGUGGAGCAUGACAAGAUACAUGUAUAGCAGCGGAGUAACGACACGAUUAAUAUUGUCUUAUAAAUUCCACAUUACCAGGCGUAAUUUCAUGUUUUCUCCUUUCAACGUCAGGUGUUGCAGCGGUAAUGUAAUCGAUCGUGCUCAAAAGAAGAAGAAUGUGCCGCAAUCUAAAUCUGUGGUGCCGCCAAUAAAAUUAGUAUCUGUUGUUACUGGAUUAACCGGAGCAAAGCCUGGCCAGCAAAAAAGAAAUUGCUUCCAUCCUGGUGUCUCCGGCUUAAGCAGAGAUGCUAUUGAUUUACACGAUAAAUCCUCGGUCACCAGUACGGACAUGUUAAAGGCCAUGCUUAAAUACAUUUGGCCAGAAGACGAUCCAGAAAUACGAAAAAGAGUAAAAAUAGCAGUGGGUUUACUUGUAGGAGCUAAAGUUUUAAAUGUUCUUGUGCCAUUUAUUUUUAAAUAUGCGAUAGAUAUUUUAAAUGCCCACACCGCAGUAAUAUCUGACAGUGCUGCGAUGAAUUUAACAAGUGCACCUGCAACAGUCGCGACUGUGGCAACGUCGCUACUUAUAGGAUAUGGAAUAGCACGAGCUGGAGCGGCCGGUUUCAGCGAACUUAGGAAUGCGGUUUUUGCAAAAGUCGCACAGCACUCUAUUCGUAAAAUAGCAAAAAACGUUUUCGUUCAUUUGCACAAUCUCGAUAUGGCUUUUCAUUUGAGUAGACAAACGGGUGCUUUAUCGAAGACAAUUGAUCGUGGCAGUCGUGGUAUUAAUUUUGUUUUAAAUGCCAUGGUAUUUAACAUUGUACCUACAGUAUUCGAACUAGCAUUAGUUAGUGCAAUAUUGGGGAUAAAAUGUGGACCAGAAUAUUCAGCCGUAGCAUUGGGUUGCGUGGGCGUUUAUACUCUGUUCACAUUAACCGUUACACAAUGGCGCACCAAAUUCAGAAUACGUAUGAAUCAAGCAGAAAACGAAGCGGGCAAUAAAGCUAUAGAUUCGCUUAUUAAUUAUGAAACCGUAAAGUAUUUUAACAACGAAAAAUUUGAAGCGGAAAGAUACGACGAAUCUUUGAAGAAAUACGAAACGUCAUCCCUCAAGACUAGCACAAGCUUAGCGAUGUUGAACUUUGGGCAAAAUGCUAUUUUCAGCGGUGCGCUAAGUCUUAUCAUGGUAUUGGCGGCACAAAAUAUUGUAAAUGGUACAAUGACUGUCGGUGACUUAGUGAUGGUAAAUGCCUUAUUGUUCCAACUCUCAGUUCCUUUAGGCUUCUUAGGUUCUGUUUAUCGAGAAGUAAGACAAGCUUUUAUUGACAUGCAAACCAUGUUUACUCUCAUGACAACUGAUACUGCAAUUAAAUCAAAAGAAAACGCACUGAGAUUUUACGUGACGUCAGAUUCAUCGGAAAUUCAAUUUAGGAACGUAAAUUUUCAAUACGUUCAAGGAAAAUCUAUUUUUAAAAAUGUAUCAUUCACUAUACCGAGUGGCAAGAAGGUCGCUAUUGUUGGAGGAUCUGGUUGUGGAAAAACUACAAUUGUGAGAUUGCUAUAUAGAUUUUAUGAACCAGAUAAUGGAAAUAUUUACAUAAAUGGUCACGACAUUCGAGAUGUUGAUUUAGAGGAUCUCAGACAAUGCAUUUCAAUCGUGCCACAGGAUACGGUUCUCUUUCAUGAAAGUAUAUUUUAUAAUUUACACUAUGGUAAUUUGAGAAAAUCACGCGAUGAGGUUUUCGAAGCUGCAAAAAUGGCAGAUUUACAUGAUUCGAUACUAAAAUGGCCGCAAGGAUACGACACACCUGUGGGAGAACGUGGUUUGAAAUUAAGUGGCGGAGAAAAACAAAGAGUUGCAAUUGCCAGAGCAAUUUUGAAAGACAGUCCUAUAUUAAUCUUCGAUGAAGCUACUUCUUCUUUGGAUUCCAUUACAGAACAUAACAUACUUGAUGCCUUGCGUAAUGCGACCGAAAAACGGACCUCAAUCGUGAUCGCACAUCGUUUAUUGACAGUUAUGAAUGCUGAUGAUAUACUUGUAUUAGAUCAGGGUAAUUUAGUCGAAAGGGGAACACAUGAAUCAUUGUUAUCUAUACCAAAUUCUUUGUACAGCAAAUUGUGGGAUACUCAAUAUCUAGAUGUUGCCUUGACAACCAUUUGAAACAAUUAUGGUCGCCGCUAGCCUACAAUAAGUGUUUGACAACUCAUUGACGAUUUGACUGAAAAGAUGAAUUGUACGCA